AUGCCAGAGCAUUAUGACGAGAAGGAUCUACAAAGAGCCUUGAGCCAGGACCGAAAUGCCGAAGUCGAGCUGAAUGACCGCCAUGAAUCGACAGAUGGUGAGUCAUUGGCGUAUGUUGCUACCGAACGGGAUGUGGAGAAGCUGGGGCCAGGAUCCGAGGAGAGAAAGGUCUUACGACGAUUAACAACGACAACCUCAACGGCAGAGUCCAGUAGCGACGAUGCGGACAUCAAGGAGGAGGCCGUACCAAAGAUGCCGUGGCACCACAGGAUAAACCCGCUCAAAAGACGGAAGGCGCCUCCCGUACCUGAGCAAAGAACUGUGUCAAGGGAAUAUGGAGCUUCAUUCCUAAGUCUUAUGACUUUCCAAUGGAUGAAUCCUGUCAUGACCGUGGGCUAUCUGCGGCCUUUGGAACUGGGAGACGUGUGGCUGGUCAAUCCCGACAGAAGCUCUGAUGCGUUGACACCAAAGCUGGUGGCUUCCUUUAAACGACGGGUCGCUGCAGGCGAACGUUAUCCACUUAUUUUCGCCAUGCAUGAGACUUUCAAAGCUGAAUUCUGGUUUGGCGGUGUCUGCAACCUUGCAUCAAGUAUUUUCCAGGUAAUGUCACCGUUUGCUACCCGCUAUUUGAUCCAAUUUGCGAAUGAAGCAUACAACGCCCAGCGCCAGGGAACUCCCGCACCAAAUAUUGGGAAAGGUGUUGGAAUCGUCAUCGGCAUUACGUUCAUGCAGGUAUGCCAAAGCUUCGGCACAAAUCAAUUUAUCUACCACGGCAUGAUGGUGGGUGGUCAAGCUCGAGCCGUUCUCAUCAAUGCAGUCUUCGACAAAGCGAUGAAGAUCUCGGGAAGAGCCAAGGCUGGGGGCAGAGCGAUUGGAAAUGAGCAGACAAGCAACGGCAUCGAUGUGGAAGUCCUAAAAGUGGAGAAGAAAAAUCUGUUUGAGAGAAUGGUGUCGAAGCGAGGGGGCAGGCCCAAAAACACACACAAUGUAGGUGAAGGAGUAGCAGGAGACGGCACGGGGUGGAGCAAUGGCAAGAUCGUCAACUUGAUGAGCGUCGACACUUAUCGUGUUGAUCAGGCCUCAGGAAUGUUUCACAUGAUAUGGACUUCUCCGGUACUGAUCAUCAUAACUCUCAUCGUACUUUGCAUCAAUAUCGGGUACAGCGCGCUCUCCGGCUACGCACUACUCGUGAUUGGCAUGCCACUUCUUACUAAGUCGAUCAAAUCUCUCUUCGUUCGGAGGGGAAAAAUAAAUAAAAUUACCGACCAGAGAGUCUCCUUGACGCAGGAAAUUCUCUCAGCCGUGAGAUUUGUCAAGUUCUUCGGCUGGGAGGGUAGCUUUCUGGAGAGACUCAAAGAAUUGCGAAGACGAGAGAUCAGAGCCAUUCAGGUCUUGCUGGCAAUUCGAAAUGCCAUCAACGCGGUGUCGAUGGCGCUACCCACUUUUGCGUCUAUGCUAGCUUUCAUCACCUACUCAUUGACAGAUCAUACGCUAGAUCCAGCGCGAAUCUUCUCCUCGUUGGCAUUAUUCAACUCACUGCGCAUGCCUCUGAAUCUGCUGCCCUUGGUCAUCGGGCAGGUUACGGAUGCUUAUGCUUCACUGGGACGCAUUCAAGAAUUCCUGCUUUCAGAAGAGCAGAAAGAAGAGGUUGUCUGGGACGGAAGCAUGCUGGCAGCUAUUGAGAUGCAAAAUGCUUCAUUUACAUGGGAGAGAAAUUCAAGCCAUGAUAAAGAACAAGUGGGCAAUUUCCAGACAGAAGAGCAGAUCAAAGAUGCCAAAAACGCCCACAAGCGAGAAAAGAAGGCGGAGAAAAUAUCAAAGAAGCACGGCAAAACAAAUUCAAUCAGUGACGACAGCUCCAGCGAGAACGCUCAGCUCGAACCAUUCAAACUCCACGACCUGAAUUUCGCCAUAGGUAGAGGCGAACUUCUCGCUGUCAUUGGGACAGUUGGCUCAGGUAAGAGCUCCCUGCUUGCAGCAUUAGCUGGUGACAUGCGGAAAACAAGUGGGAAGGUGAAGAUGGGUACCAACCGUGCAUUUUGUCCUCAAUACGCUUGGAUCCAGAACUCAACUCUGAAGGAGAACAUUCUUUUUGGCAAGCCAUACAAGUCAAAAUGGUACAACCAAGUUGUUGAUGCUUGUGCACUUCGUCCGGAUCUGGACAUGUUGCCUGCUGGAGACCAGACCGAGAUUGGUGAGCGAGGCAUCACAGUCUCAGGAGGUCAGAAACAACGAUUGAACAUUGCCCGUGCCAUAUACUUCGACGCGGAUAUCAUAUUGAUGGACGAUCCCCUUUCGGCUGUUGACGCCCAUGUUGGUCGUCACAUCAUGGAUGAGGCUAUUUGUGGUAUCAUGAAGGACAAGUGUCGUAUUCUUGCAACACACCAGUUGCACGUGCUGAAUCGAUGCGAUCGCAUUAUCUGGAUGAACGAUGGUUGCAUAGAAUCCAUCGACACCUUCGACAAUUUGAUGAGUACCAACGAAGCCUUUCAGCAACUGAUGGCCACCACUGCUCAGGAAGAAGCCGUUGAGGAGAACGAGAAGCCCGACGACCAAGACGAAGUCGAAGAUGAGAAGAAGACCAUGAAGAGGACCAAAAAGCGUGCAGCGGGUGUUCUGAUGCAACAAGAAGAGCGCGCUGUUAGAUCAAUCAGCUGGGGAGUAUAUGGUGCCUAUAUCAAAGCUUCUGGUUCCAUUCUUACAGGACCUCUGAUUCUCAUCUUCCUUGUGCUUGCAAAUUGCGCCAAUAUUGCUACGAGUUUGUGGCUCAGCUACUGGACGAGCAACCGCUUCAGUUUGCCAUCAGGUGCCUACAUUGGAAUCUAUGCCGGUCUUGGUGUGCUUCAAGCACUUCUCAUGUACGCCUUUGCCACAAUGCUGUCAAAUGGAGGCACCAAUGCAAGCAAAGUCAUGUUGCAGCGCGCCAUGACCCGUGUUCUUCGGGCACCUAUGUCGUUCUUCGACACCACACCUCUCGGCCGCAUCACCAAUCGCUUUUCCAAAGACAUUGAUUCAAUGGACAACAGCCUGACAGACGCCAUACGAAUGUACCUCCUAACACUGACCAUGAUUAUAUCUGUGUUCGCCUUGAUCAUUGCAUUUUUUCCAUUUUUUGGGAUUGCAUUGGGGCCACUACUGCUCAUAUUUCUAUUUGCAGCUAGCUAUUAUCGAGCAUCAGCACGAGAGAUGAAGCGACAUGAAUCUGUUUUGCGAUCAUCUGUUUUUGCACGGUUUAGCGAAGCGAUUUCAGGCACUGCAUCUAUCAGAGCAUAUGGGAUGCAGGAUUAUUUCGCGGGGCGUAUUCGAGAUAGCAUUGAUACGAUGGAUUCAGCAUACUUUCUUACCUUUGCCAAUCAGCGUUGGCUUGCGGUACGGUUGGACGGUAUUGGUAAUCUCCUUGUUUUCACAACGGGCAUCUUGGUUGUUACCUCACGAUUUAAUGUCUCUCCCAGCAUUGCAGGGCUGGUUUUGUCGUAUAUCUUGGCGAUCGUACAAAUCAUUCAAUUCACGGUGAGACAGCUGGCAGAGGUGGAAAACAACAUGAACGCAACGGAGCGGUUGCAUUACUACGGGACGCAGUUGGAUGAAGAAGCCCCUGCAUACUUGAAGAAGGUGCCAGAUUCAUGGCCACAGUCAGGCGAAAUUGUCUUUGAGAAUGUUCAGAUGAGGUAUCGAGCUGGCCUACCAUUAGUUCUGCAAGGACUUGACUUCAAAGUCAAUGGUGGAGAACGAAUUGGGAUCGUGGGCCGGACCGGGGCAGGAAAAUCGAGUAUCAUGUCAGCUUUGUUCCGGCUCACCGAGCUUUCCGGCGGCUCUAUCAAGAUUGACGACAUUGACAUUGCUACUGUGGGUCUUCAAGAUCUCCGAUCACGGCUUGCAAUUAUACCGCAAGAUCCAACACUAUUCCGCGGCACAAUCCGAUCCAAUCUCGAUCCAUUCAACGAGCAUAGCGAUUUGGAACUUUGGGCAGCUCUACGAAAGGCAAAUUUGAUUGGUGACGAACAGGAAGCGUCUCAAGGGCUCGACGCAAAUGGGAAGAACACUGGUCGUAUCCAUCUCGAUAGUACCGUGGAGGAAGAAGGUCUAAACUUUUCUCUUGGUCAGCGUCAACUUAUGGCGUUAGCCCGAGCACUGGUUCGGGACAGCCGAAUCAUCGUGUGCGACGAAGCAACCUCAUCCGUGGACUUUGAGACGGAUCAAAAGAUCCAGAAGACGAUGGCAUCUGGAUUCAAAGGCAAGACGCUACUGUGCAUCGCUCAUCGGUUAAAGACGAUCAUUCAGUAUGACCGCAUUUGUGUGAUGGAUGCAGGGAAAAUAGCCGAGCUGGACGAGCCGAUCAAAUUGUAUGAGAGAGGUGGCAUUUUUAGAAGCAUGUGUGAUCGCAGUGGUAUCAGAAGGGAUGAUUUUUUUGCCGAAGAAUAG